UCACGUCUCGGACCGAGUUUUCGAGCUCCUCUUCUUCGUUGUCAAGGUUUUGAAAGUUGAAGACAUUUAGAGACGCCUAGUUUCAAAGUUCCAACCACUCCAAGCUUUUGAGAGCUUAACCUACAUCUCCGAAAUCUCUUCGUACCCUCCUAUUCGGAACCCUAAUUUACUGCCAUGACGGAAUACUGGGUGAGCCAGGGGAACAAAUGGUGUGACUUUUGUAAAAUUUAUAUAUCGAACAAUCCUUCGAGCAUUAGAAAUCAUGAACUUGGUCAACGCCACAAAGAUAAUGUUGCCAAGAGGCUAGCUGUUAUGCGAAAGGAGAAUGCUGCUAAGGAGAAAGAGCAGAAGGAAACAGCUCGCGCCCUUGAGCAAAUUGAAGUGAAAGCACAGCGCAGCUAUCAAAAGGAUAAAGCAAAGUUUGAGGAAACCAGACAAUCUCAUGAAUUGGAUGACCAAGAAUGGCAGUUCGAUGAUAAUUCAGGUUACUACUACCAUAAAACAAAUGGAUUUUGCUAUGAUCCAAAAUCAGGGUUUUACUAUUCUGAUGCUCUAGGGAAGUGGGUGACUUGGGAAGAAGCAUAUGCCUCACCUCAGUUUUCGUCAAAUGCUGGGAUCAGUGGACCAAAUUCAAAAUCUUUGUCAACUUCACAAUCAAAAUCAGUCAAAAAGAAAACUGAAAAUAAAUCUCAAAAUGGACCUUCACCAGGGCCAGUUGUUAGUUAUUCUUUGAAUCCCAAAAGAAAUGUGAAAGGUACCCCUUCAUCUCUUACUGUUCGCAAGAGAAAGAGACCUGAAGAGAAGUGCAAAGCUAAGGUUAUCCCUGAAGAAGAGAAAGCAGCUCUUAAGGCAAGAGAAGCUGCAAGGAAAAGAGUAGAAGAGAGGGAAAAAUCCUUGCUUGGUUUAUACAGUAAACCUUACUAAGUUUGGAAAAUUACGUUAACACCCUUCCUCUUCACCCUAAUUUUGUGGGUUAUACUUCCUUUGCCUUGUUCCGUUAAGGUAGAUGUUGUAAUUCUCCUUGUGAUUACACCUUGUAAAAUGUGAUUGCACCUUGUAAAAUUAAUAUGUUUCAUUUCUUUUAUA